UCCCCCCGGGCCCUCUUCCUCAACUCUGAAGAGGAAUUUCGACUUUCUAGUUUCAUUUUGAAUUCUCAAACUGCUUUGACGAAUCUGCCCCUGAUUCCUUCAAUUCCUGUUUGAGAGGGAUAUUAAUUAUAAGGGGACAAAAUAGUCACAUUUUGAAUUCUCUAACAACUGUGGACGCAGCUCCUGUCCAGUCCCCUGUGCUUCCUUCCUACUGAACUUGGAGGGACUGCCUGCCAGAGAGAGAGAGAGAGAGAGAGAGAGAUUGAGAGAUAGCAACGUAUUCCUAUUCUAUCUGCAUUUUAAGGAAGUGGGUGUCUCUGAAAUUUUGAUCAGGCAAAGCAAAAUGGCUGGAUACUUCGGAGUACUGGUCUCAGAUCCAUGGCUCCAAAACCAGUUCACCCAAGUGGAGCUUCGCACUUUGAAGUCCCAUUUCCUGAGCAUGAGGAGGGAGAGUGGGAGCCUUACUCUCAGGGACGUGUCUAGGGCAAUGUCCAGAUUGAAACAAGUGGGAGAGACUCUUUCGGAGGACGAGAGAGCAGAGUUUCUUCAGGCUUUGUGCCAUAACUUGGACGACGAGGUGGAUUUUGAGCUGUUUCUAAGGGUAUAUUUGAAACUCCAAGCUCAUGCAAGUUCAAGAAUGGGAAGUGGGACAAAGAACUCAUCUGCAUUCCUUAAAGCUGCUACCACAACGUUGCUUCACACCAUUAGUGAAUCUGAGAAGGCGUCUUAUGUUGCUCACAUAAAUCAUUACCUUGGGAAAGAUGCGUUUUUGAGCAAAUACCUUCCUAUUGAUCCUUCAACUAAUGAUCUUUUUGAGAUUGCUAAAGAUGGAGUUCUUCUCUGUAAGCUUAUCAAUGUGGCUGUACCUGGGACAAUUGAUGAACGAGCAAUCAAUACUAAGAGGGCACUCAAUCCAUGGGAAAGGAAUGAAAAUCAUACGCUCUGCCUCAACUCCGCCAAAGCUAUUGGUUGUACUGUUGUCAAUAUAGGGACUCAAGAUUUCAUCGAAGGAAGGCGCCACCUUGUGCUUGGAGUGAUUUCUCAAAUUAUUAAGAUACAACUAUUAGCGGAUCUCAACCUAAAGAAAACACCUCAAUUGUUGGAGUUGAUUGAUGAUAGUAAGGACGUUGAAGAGCUGAUGAGUCUACCACCUGAGAAAAUCUUACUGAGGUGGAUGAAUUUUCAACUAAAGAAAGCUGGAUACAAGAAAAUUGUAACAAACUUCUCUUCUGAUAUCAAGGAUGGAGAGGCUUAUGCUCAUCUCUUAAAUAUUCUUGCACCAGAACACAGCAAUCUAGCUACUUUAUCAGUCAAAGAUCCUUUAGAAAGGGCAAAAUUAAUUCUUGAGCAUGCAGAUAGGAUGGGUUGCAAGAGAUACUUAACCGCAAAAGAUAUUGUGGAAGCUUCUCCAAAUCUUAACCUUGCAUUUGUUGCUCAUAUUUUCCAGCACAGGAAUGGUCUCUCAACCCAAAAGAAACAGAUAUAUUUUAUUGAAACAUUACCAGAUGAUACUCAAAUCUGUAAAGAAGAGAGAGCAUUUCGCUUUUGGAUUAAUAGUCUGGGAAAUUCUACAUACAUCAACAAUGUUUUUGAAGAUGUGAGAAAUGGGUGGGUACUUUUAGAGACCCUUGACAAGGUUUCACCUGGAAUUGUUAAUUGGAAGAUUGCUACUAAGCCUCCAAUUAAAUUGCCAUUUAGGAAAGUGGAAAAUUGUAACCAAGUUGUAAAGAUUGGGAAACAGUUGAAAUUUUCGCUGGUUAAUAUUGCUGGGAAUGAUAUUGUACAGGGGAAUAAGAAAUUAAUAUUGGCAUUUUUGUGGCAAUUGAUGCGUUACAAUAUCCUCCAACUUCUAAAGAACUUGAGAUUCCAUUCCCAUGGAAAGGAAAUCACAGAUUCUGAUAUUCUAGAUUGGGCUAACGCAAAAGUUAGAGAUUCAGGAAGUCAGAAUCACAUGGAUAGUUUCAAGGAUAAAAAUUUGUCAGAUGGGAGUUUUUUCCUUGAGCUGCUUAGUGCUGUGCAACCUAGAGUUGUAAAUUGGAGUCUUGUUACUAAAGGAGAAAGUGAUGAGGAGAAAAAAAUGAAUGCCACGUACAUCAUCAGUAUAGCAAGGAAGCUCGGAUGCUCAAUAUUUUUGCUUCCUGAAGACAUAAUUGAGGUGAAUCAAAAGAUGAUCCUUACAUUGACUGCAAGUAUUAUGUAUUGGUACUUGAAACAACCCGUUGAAGAGAGACCAUCUGGGUCUUCUGAUAGCGAGAAUGGAAGCCAUUUAGAGACAAUUUCCAACUCCACAAUGGAUGACAGUACUUCUGAGUCAUCGAUAGAGGAGAAUGGGAAUAGAUAAAUUGAAGAACUUUUGCCAGAAGUUCUAUAAAUCCUUCCUUCCCAUUCUUUUUUAAUGUUUAUUUUUAAAUUUGAUUGCAAAGCUCUUUGGUCCAAAAGUUUGAUAGGGAGUGGAAUGUCUUAAAUGCAAAUUUUGAUGAAGUGCAUAUGUGAAUAGUUUUAAAUUUCCUUGUAUUGAUUAAUAUGGAAUUUUAAUUAUAUUUUGUCAAUAUUACAGUAAUCACCUUGCUCAAUAUAAAAUCCCAGAUUCUCAACCUUUA